AUGUCUGAAUUUAGCGAUGAUGAUUAUAUCCCUAUGCUAGAAGAAAUUGACAGGUUAAAUCUACCAUUCAAAAAAUUAUUUGACGCUGCUCUCAAAAUUGAAGAAGAUUUAGAAGAAACUGACAUACGCGUAGUCGCCGCAAUUGGUAAAUUCAAAUCGAUUAUUGUCAUGACUGUUAAACUUGAAAUCACAAUUUUAGAUGUAAUAUAUUUCGUUCCUAUUUUUCAGACUUCGGGAUAUGCAUUUGCCCAUUUAAAAAGUAAUCCUUUAGAAAUUGAAACUUGUAUCGAAUGGGAGGAGUACGAUGGUACACCAAAGAUGCCAACAGUCCUCAAAUACAACAAGUCUUUUGAUGUUAUAGAUUGGGGAUAUCCCGCGUUAAUUGAUCUAGAUCGAAGAGAUCCAUGUCGAAAAAAAAAUUUUAAUCAAAUAUCCAAUAUGAAACCUGAUAUGAGACCUGUAGAAUUAUUUAAACUUCAUCUGGGUAAUAUUAGUGACAUGGAGAGUAAGCCUUAUCUCCUUCCCGGGCUUGAUUACAAACAAGCUAUAACCGAUUAUUUACGUAAGAUAGGUGAUGCGCUUAAGGAUCGAUUAAACAGGUGGCAAAACAUUGACUACUUUAAAAAUGUUCGCCUUGUUUUGACAGUUCCUGUAGAAUUUGAUAAUGAUGCUAUAUCUAUUAUGCGUAAUUGUGCAGUUAAAGCCGGCUUAACGAAACAAAGGCAUAAUUCCCAUGGUUCAAACUUGUUAUUUGUACAUGAACCUGACGCAGCUGCAGUGCACUGCUUAAAGACAUCUGGCAAAUAUGAUUUAUCAACUGGAGAUACUUUCAUGGUUGUAGAUUCAGGCGGUGGCACAGUUGAUAUAACGACAAUGAAAUUGUUAGUAGGCGGCAAAUUAAGCGAAAAAAUUGAGAGUAAAGGGGAUUAUUGCGGAGGCAGUUAUGUAGACCAAGAAUUUUUAAAAUUCUUAGCAGAAAAAGUUGGUGAAUCAACAAUUGAAGUUUUAAAAGAAUUUCAUUAUGGACAAAUUCAAUAUGUGAUUCAUGUAUUUCGUAAGCGAAUUAAACAUAAAUUUACGGGAAACCCUGAAGACUUUACCGAUUUUGACUUGGAUUUAGAAGAGUUAUGUCCAGCUAUGAAGAAAUAUGUGAAAAAUGCCAUAAAUGACGAAUUAGUAACUAUCAAAUAUGAUGAUGUGAAAAGAAUGUUUGACCCCGUUAUCGAUAAAAUUAUCAAGUUGAUUCAUGGAAGACUUGACGCUCUUGAUUCUCCAUGUUCCACUAUGCUAUUAGUUGGUGGAUUCAGUGAAUCUAAAUAUUUGGUAUCAAGGAUCAGAAAUGAAUUUAACGAAAUUGUUCCAAAUAUUUCUGUUCCUUCUAAUCCUAUGCUUGCGAUAGUCAAAGGUGCUGUCCAAUAUGGAUCUUUCCAAAAAAUCAUUGUGGAUCGUAUUUUGAAAUGGACUUAUGGAACUGAUAUUAUACGAAAAUGGAACCAAAGCGAUCCUCUGGAUCGAAAAAUUGAUGACCACAUUAAAGUCUUCAGUAGAUUAGCUAAAAGAGGGGACAGAGUGGCUGUAGGUGAAAGGGUUUUAAGAAUUUUUUCAACGACACAUAUCUUACAACAUUUGAUGGGUCUAGAUUUAUUUGUCACACGUGACGAUGAUGCAAAAUAUUGCGAUAGUCAAGGUGUAGAACUACUUGACAAAUUCAACAUAAAUGUACCUAUUACUGGAACCGAAAAGCGUGCGAUCCUAUACAUUAUGAAUUUUGGUAUGGCAGAAAUUCAGGUCACUGCGAUAAAUCCAGAUAAUGGAAUGAAAUACGAGAGAGUAUUUGAUUUGGAUAUUUGA